AAUCGUUCUCUGCAUCUUCCCUGUCACGAACUAUGAACCGAGGACCUUACUGCUCCUCGUUAUCCGCAGCCCAUAUGAUCCUUUCAACCCUACACAGUAGGUCUCAUGUUCGACCCCGAGGUGUAUAAGUCAUUUGCUCUCUCAUUAUGACGUCCAUGCACGUGUGAUAGUAUUCGCCCACCAUCUCAUAUUACGCCUUUUAUGCUCGUAUUCGCAGCGUUGGCGUGGUAAUGCAGAAAAUGAAGCAUCUACACCUCACGUCGCUGUUCGUUGGGGUGUCCAGGCUGCGCGACUCAAGGGCCGCAUGGUGGUAUCCAUGCAACGGCUGGGCAUCCAUUGGGCUGGGUUUACAAACGGCUUGCGAUCGUGCAGGGCUGAAAAAUUUGUGUAAUGACGAUUCGGAUCAACGGAUCAAGAGGCCGGGUGAGGAGUUGAGAAACUGGGAGCUGGAAAGUGGAGGAUGUAUAGGUGAGAUAGAGCGUGGAACAUGCCAAUAUUCUUGCAAGCAAUGUGUAAAGUCUAAAUAUAUAAUUCAUUGGUCGUGUCGUCCUGAGCCUCUAAUCCAUCCGUCUUCUCCAUAUGGAAGAUCCCAACCUACUCCUUAUACUUAGAUACAUGACAACAUAAUAAGACUAAAACUAUAUGAUCUUUUCCUCGUACUGUGGUAUACAACGCCAAGCUCUAGCCGUAGAUCGAGCGAACAAAAUGAAAGGAAAGCCAGAACCGUAGGGG